GUUGUCUCGCACCACAGCUCUGAUUGACAGCUGUGACGUGCGUUCGCGCGGUAUUGUGUUAGAAAUGUCAUCGAAUUUAAUCAACGAAAAAUAUAAUGAUAGUAAAUUAAACGGUCUAAGUGCAUUUACUGAUAAAAGUUUAGCUCCAAUCAAUGGACGGUAUAGGUCUAAAAGUUUGUCAAGUGAUAAAUUGAACAAAAGCAAUGCCGAUCGAGCGGCUAUUCUUGAGGAUAUUGAAGACCAUCAUGUAACUGAUAAAUUGGAGACUCCAGGGUGUUUAGUGUCUGAUAGGCUAAUGGAUCAAGGAGCGAAGCCAACAGUGAACUGCCUCAAAGACGGCAAAGCGUCGUACGGCACUGACAGCCCCGCAAGGGGGCGCCGCGUGAUAUUCUGCGUGCACGGCAACCCCUCCACCGGAUGCUGCGCGGUCAUUGAGACCACGGCCGAUGACGACGACAGGCGAAAUGGCAGUAUUAGUGAAGUCGAUAGACAUUGUCACAGAUCUCGUAAUGAAGAAAUAGACAAAAGGGCGCGAAGAAAACUGAUCAUAGCCAGUGUGUUAUGUGUGAUAUUUAUGAUAGGAGAAAUUGCUGGUGGUUAUAUUUCAAACAGUCUUGCUAUCGCCACGGACGCGGCCCAUCUUCUCACAGACUUCGCCAGUUUUAUGAUAUCCUUGUUUUCAUUGUGGGUAGCUGGCAGGCCGGCUACAAGGCGAAUGCCCUUCGGCUGGUAUCGUGCCGAAGUGAUCGGCGCCCUGACAUCAGUGCUUCUGAUCUGGGUUGUGACAGGCGUGUUGGUGUACAUGGCCGUACAGCGAGUGAUCACUCCCGACUUCAAAAUCGACGCCACUGUCAUGCUUAUCACGUCCGGUGUGGGGGUUUUGGUCAAUCUCGUAAUGGGUUUGACACUACAUCAACAUGGUCACUCCCACGGCGGGGGCGGCGGCCAUGGGCAUUCCCACGGGAGCAGCAAUCCAGUUCUCAACAAUAAGAAAGAACGCUCGACCGACGGUUCGGACGUAGAAAGUUCGGCGUCCGCCGCGCACUCCCACCACGCGGAGAACAUCAACGUACGAGCCGCCUUCAUACACGUGCUAGGAGACUUCUUGCAGAGCUUCGGCGUGUUUAUUGCUGCUAUUGUCAUCUAUUUCAAGCCCGCCUGGGUCCUUGUAGAUCCUAUCUGCACCUUCCUGUUCUCCAUAUUAGUGCUGAUUACAACCUUCAACAUAAUCAAAGAUGCCCUUCUUGUAUUAAUGGAGGGGUCGCCGAGAGGAGUUGACUUCCAGGAAGUGGCGAACACGUUCCUAUCACUUCCGGGCGUGGUGCGCAUACACAAUUUGAGAUUGUGGGCGCUUUCAUUGGACAAAACUGCUCUCUCAGCGCAUCUAGCUAUACGUAGCGGCGUAAGUCCUCAGAAGGUUCUAGAACAAGCCACGCGGCUGGUCCACGAGAAAUACAGUUUCUUCGAGAUGACGCUGCAAAUUGAAGAAUUCAACGACGGCAUGGAGGAAUGCAGCCAAUGUAAGAUGCCUCAGGCUUGAUUUAGAAAAAAAAAGAAGGCGGUUGAUAAAAUAUACGGAAUAUAAGAGAAAAAUGAAUUGAAUAGUUAAAAGUUGAAUAGAAAAAUAUUUAGUCGGAACCAAAUUAAAGAAACAACUUUGAAGUACAGUUAAAUGUGCGAUAGAAUUCAAUGUAAGAUGCCUCAGGCUUGAUUACAAAAAAAAAAAAGAAUGUGGGUGGUAAAAUAUACGGAAAUGUUACAGAAUAUAAGUGAAAAAUGAAUUGAAUAGUUUAAAGUUGAAUAGAAAAAUAUUUAGUCGGAACCAAAUUAAAGAAACAACUUUGAAGUACAGUUAAAUGUGCGAUGGAAUUCAAUGUAAGAUGCCUCAGGCUUGAUUACAAAAAAAAUAGAAGGCGGGUGUUAAAAUAUACGGAAGUGUUACAGAAUAUAAGAGAAAAAUGAAUUGAAUAGUUAAAAGUUGAAUAGAAAAAUAUUUAGUCUGAACCAAAUUAAAGAAACAACUUUGAAGUACAGUUAAAUGUGCGAUAGAAUUUAUUAUCUUUAAGAAAAAAAUAUGUUCGGAUAUAUUCAAUCGUAUAUUCCGACAUUACAUACCUAAAUCUGUUUGCAAAUACAAUGUUUGUUGAAAUAGUUUAACAGCUUCGUUGAAUUUAAGACGACGCUAUCGUCGCAAAAGUCAAGGAAAUUGUAUUAAAAAAUAUUGUUUCAAUAAUUUUCAAUAGUUAUUUUUUGUUAGUGAAAAAAAAAAUAAUGAAAGUCCCAAAAAAAAUUAAUGAAAGCAUGGUGUUUAUAAUAUAAUCCGAAUUUAACACAAGGUUGUUUCAUAAGUUGAACGUUACUUUUAUUAUGUUUCUAUCUAUUUCUGUCGCUUUAUACUGUCAUUUACCGAUUGAAUCGGAAAUCUUGUAGUAAGCACUUUCUCGCACUAACAAAAAAAAAGCGGCAGAAAAAGAUAGCAACAUUUGAAAGAGUGGGACAAUGUGUGGUCCAACCCUUUAAUGUUAUUAAUAAUUUAUUAUUAAGAAUAAACAGGCUUUAGAAUUACAUUAUGAAUUGUCUGUUUUAUAUCAGUACAAACCAAUUUUGUGGCUAAAAUAUUUAUGCAUGUGUUUUAACUCAAAUAUUACGACGUAUUUAGCUAUUACAUCAGGUACCUAGUUCGAUGCCCGCUCAGGUCACAUUGGAAAAUGUAUUUCAGCUUGACCUGGGUCUAAAAUGUUUAUUUAUAUAUUAACUGACGGCCUCUGUGGCGCAGCGGUAGUACGCUUGUCUGUGACACCGGAGGUCCCGGGUUCGAAUCCCGGCCAGGGCAUGAUGAGAAACGAACUUUUUCUAAUUGGCCUGGGUCUUGGAUGUUUAUCUGUAUAAGUAUUUAUUAUAAAAUAUAGUAUCGUUGAGUUUACUCUCGUAACACAAGUCUCGAACUUACUUCGAGGCUAACUCAAUCUGUGUAAUUUGUCCCGUAUAUAUUUAUUUAUUUAAUUUGGUAUAAAAUAUUGUAUCAUUGAGUUAGCAUCCCAUAACGUAAGUCUCUAACUUUGGGGCUAGCUCAGUCUGCAUGAUUUGUCUUUUAUAAACAUACAUACCAUCACGCCUGUCUCCCAUUGGGGUAGGCAGAGACUAUGGAUUUCCACUUGCUACGAUCCUUAUAAACCCCACCCGCUUCCUCCACACUCAUUACUCUUUUCAUGCAUAUUCGAAGAUUACGAGUCACUCUUAACAUCUCCUUUUUUCAAGACAUUCGAUAUUUUGUUCUUGAAAGUUCGACCGGCCCUGUACCAAUUUUACAGUCAGCUCUGCCUUAUAAACAUACAUACAUACAUACAUAUGGUCACGUCUAUAUCCCUUGCGGGGUAGACAGAGCCAACAGUCUUGUAAAGACUGAUAGGCCACGUUCAGCUAUUUGGCUUAUUGAUAGUAUUGAGUUUCAAAUAGUGACAGGUUGCUAGCCCAUCGCCUAAAACAGGAAUCCCAAGUUUAUAAGCCUAUCCCUUUGUCGCCUUUUACGACAUCCGUGGGAAAGAGAUGGAGUGGUCCUAUUCUUUUUGUUUUGGUGCCGGGAACCACCGUAUAUACAUAUGUUGUAAGUUGUUAUGUAUAUGUCAAUUUAGUAGUAACUACUAAACCAAAAGUUAUGAAACAAUAAAAUUAAGUUAUUGUAGUAUUAAUUAUCGUUUAAGGUGAUCAUUUUUGUGAGACCUUGUUUAUUUAUGUAAAACUAGCUGUGCCCGCGACUUUGUCCGCGUGGAAUGGUUAUUUUGGGCAUCAUUGAAGCCCUCAAGUAUCACAUUCUCCAUUAUUUCUAUGCUCCUUAUAGUUGCAGCGUGAUGUUAUAUAGCCUAAAGCCUUCCUCGAUAAAUGGUCUAUUCAACACAAAAAUAAUUUUUCAAUUCGAACCAGUAGUUCCUGAGAUUAGCGCGUUCAAACAAACGAAACUGUUCAGCUUUAUAAUAUUAGUAUAGAUGAAAUACGUCGUACAAUAUGUUAUGCAUCUUAUCAAUCCAAUUAUGUUCUUGAGCUGUAUGUACCAUGAUCCAAUUCGAGUUAGGUUCCCCGGCAAAGAUUGCGGAGGUCAGACGGGAGUCGCUUCGUGUAAAAACCUGACACAAUACAUCAUCGUGGUCAAAAAUCGCAACGUAAGCUCUUCUGUAAAGAGGUGAGGAUGCAACUAUCAUCAAAUUUGCAAAACGCAUUAAGUAGGCUUAAAUGUGAAGGUUUUUUCACUAAUAUUUCUCACCGUAAUUCCAUAUUCCUAAGUAAUUGCUCAAUAUUUAUAAAUCAUUAUACUUGUAUGCUAUUUAUUGUGAUACAUAUAUAAAAGCAAUGUUUAAAUAAUUUCUUGGUGGUCAUUUGGUACCACGACAUUUUAAUAUUAUGAAAUAGUGCCUUUGUAACUUGGUUAAGAUAUAAAAAUGAAUUGUAUGAUAUUGAAUAUAGUAUAGUCUUCCAAAUGUUAGAAAUGUAAGUGCCUGAAAAUAUAUUUUUUGGAAAAUCUA